AUGACCAAUACCUUUACGACUCCAAAUUUCGAUGACCAACGUUCCAAUCCUCACCCACGAGCACCCAUGAGUUUCCGACACAGCCAGUCCGGCCGGCCGUCGACGCCGCAACACCAAUUGCGGUCCAACAAUUCCUCCUUCGCGAGCACCUCGUCCGCCAGCUCGUCGUUCCGCGGCGAAGAAGAUGCCAUAAUCUUUGAGUUCGGGGCGCGGUGGUUACGCGCCGGGUUCGAGGGCGACAGCGCCCCCGUGUGCGUCGUGGGCUGCGGACCCGAAGACUGCAGGCGCGCGGGCGACUACAGAGGCUGGGUGAAAGGGAGCCAAGCCGAGGAGUCGCGUCCACAAGGCAUCCCAGCGGAGGAGUGGACGGGGCGAUAUGAGUUGUGGAAGAUGGAUCUACGCGACGUGGACCUGGGACUGGUGGAGGAUAAGAUCGAGCGCAUGUUUCGCGAGACGUACAACAAAUACCUGUUGACGGAUGCGGGCACGUCUCGGCUGGUUCUGGUCUUGCCGUCUGUCAUGCCGCAUCCGUUGCUGUCGUCGGUCCUGUCGACGCUGUUUGGUCGCUGGCGAUUCCCGAGCAUUACCCUGCUGCAGAGCCCCGUUAUGACCACAACAGCCGCUGGAGUGCGCUCGGCGCUGGUGGUCGAUCUGGGAUGGGGUGAGACGGUCGUGAAUGGCGUUUACGAGUACCGCGAGAUCACGACCCUUCGGAGCACGAGAGCGAUGAAGGCGUUGCUGCAGGAGACAGGGAGGGCGAUGUCGCGUCUUUCGUCGGCCGGGGGAGCGUCGGAUGAGAUUUCGGUGGACUUUGAAUACUGCGAGGAACUGGUCAGCCGGUUUGCCUGGUGCAAACCUCGGGUGGCCAAGGAGUCUAGCCACGACAAUGGAUCGACUCCGAUAGAACAGAAGAUCGUGUCGAUUCCGUCGCCGUCGGAUCCCAGCGCGGAUUAUAUUGACGUUCCGUUCGGCAAGUUCGCAGAGCCGGUGGAAAAGAUCCUCUUCGCGGAGAAUGCCGCCGAUUGUGAUCUGGAUGACGAGGAGAAACCGGUCCCGGUGCUAGUCUACAAUGCACUCUUAGAUCUUCCAUCCGAUGCGCGCGGCGCCUGCAUGUCGCGCAUCGUCUUUGUCGGGGGCGGGUCUCACAUCCCGGGAAUUCGACGACGGGUUCUCGACGAAGUCGCCUUCCUCGUCGACCGAUACGGCUGGAGUCCGGUCCGGGGCAAGGUCAUCGAACAACAGCGAGAAAAGCUGCAGAAUCUGCGACUCAGCCAGCCACCAAGGUCACCUACCGGACCCGAGACCCCUGGCCUGGAACACCCCACCCCCCACUCGAAUCCAGACGAAGAGGUCGAAAAUGAAGAAGAAAUCGACCACAUCGAGCAAAAGAUCCGUCGAAACAACAAAGACAAAGACACGAAACCGCAAAUUCACGGUGUCUUGCGCGAGGUAGAAUCUCUCGGUCCCUGGGCCGGAGCGAGUCUCGUCUCCAGCCUCAAAGUCCGGGGUCUAGUCGAGAUCGAGCGCGAGAAAUACCUUCAGCAGGGGUUGUCCGGAGCGAGUCGAGACUUGGAAUCUCAUGGUCAUGUCGCUGAUCGACGAUCUGGUUUACGUUCUGGGGGGGAUAGGUCGAGUUGGACGUUGGCUGGUUGGGGUUAA